AUGACGAAGAUGUUUAGCAUUGACAAGACUCGGCAGGUGAUUCGUGUUGCCCUGGAAGACAGUGAUCAUGUGGAAUACGUUCGGUUGGCCUGUGAACAUGAGGAGCUCAUAAAAGAGAUGAAACAGUUGAGGGGAUUUGUGAUAGAACUCUGUGAACGCUAUGAGGCUACAAGAUCGUUGGAUCCGUUGCGACGGUACAAACGAAUGCAGUCGAUGGCAAAGACCAUUGUACUGCAGUUACGAGUCAAUGAUCCCACAGCCGCCUUGUCUGCAGCUUGCACUGCUGCUAGUGACAGUGGGUAUGAGACCUUUGAUCCGAGCACAGCUGGUGCUGGUGGUCUAAUUGUGGGAGAUGUUCUUCAAUCAUCUGUAAAGCAGAAAGAGAUGAAACUGAAACACGAAAAAAUGGCUCAUGCACUAUCAAGCGAACAACUGCAGAACGAUAUAUCAAAAUUUCACUCAGAGAACAAAAAACUGCGCUGUCGCAUAGACGCCAUCACGGAGGCGAUUAACAAUGUUGAUGUUAUGUACAACGCUACAAAGACGGAGCCCUUUGUGAAACGCUAUGCAAUUCUCAAAGAGGUGAUCAAAGAUGUUCGAAAAUUUGCUGACGCCAAUGCCGACUACGCAUAA